AUGCAUUUCGGCCGCGACCCCGCCGCCGCCUUCCAGCUCUGCGCAAACAGCGUCGCGUUCGCGGCCGAAGAGUCGGCCUCCGCGGAGGCGGACCGGACGAGCGAGGUGCGCUCCCCGAGUUCGGGGCCCUCCAGCCCGCUGUCGGUGAACUCGGACUCCAGCUGCGCCAGCCCGGAGGCCAAGUCCGUGUCGUCGGCGCAGCAGAGGGUCAGGAGGCCCCUGAACGCCUUCAUCAUCUGGACCAAAGAGGAGCGCAGGCGGCUGGCGCAGCUCAACCCAGACCUGGAGAACACGGAUCUGAGCAAAAUACUCGGAAAAACAUGGAAGGCCAUGUCGCUGGUGGAGAAGCGUCCAUACAUGCAGGAAGCAGAGCGCCUGAGGGUCCAGCACACCAUCGACUACCCCAACUACAAGUACCGGCCCCGCCGGAGGCGGCAGCUGAAGAAGGGCUCCAGGCCUCAGGCCGCAGAGGCCCCCCGCGCCUCGCCGUGCGGCCCCGGCUACCCGGCGCCCUUCAACCUCGCCUACCUGCUCCAGAGCCAGCAGCAGUGCUACCCGAGCGCCGCCGCCUUUGCCGGUUCCCCGGCCGACUUCGCCGCCCCCCCCCCGCGCGGCUUCCCGAACAAUCCAGACUUCCUGGAGCCGCUGGCGGCAGCUUCGGCGUCGCCGGACGUGUCUUUGAACACGCCGGCGGCGUACCCGGGCCCCCCGGCCUACCCCGCGCAGCCCCAGCUGUAUUUCGGAGACCAGCGAGGCUUCUGCAGGCCCGCGGGGCCCCACGUGGACCAGGGGGAGUCCAGCAGGGCCCGCGGGGGCCCGCAGGGACCCGCCGGGCCCUCCUUUGAGUUCUACCUGGCACAGGUUCAGCUGGACAUGCUGUACGAUCUGGACCGCAGCGAGUUUGAACAGUACCUGGGGCCCGGCCCCCACCGGCCCGAGUCGGUGGACCCCGGCUGCUACCAGAGCGGCCACAGAGAGGGACGCUCCGUCUCGUGA